AUGACCGCCCAGAACCUCCCCUCCGAGCCCGAGUUCGAGCAGGCCUACAAGGAGCUUGCUUCCACCCUCGAGAACUCCACUCUCUUCCAGAAGAAGCCCGAGUACCGCAAGGCUCUCCAGGUUGUCUCCGUUCCCGAGCGCGUUAUUCAGUUCCGCGUUGUCUGGGAGGAUGACAAGGGUCAGGUCCAGAUCAACCGCGGUUUCCGCGUCCAGUUCAACUCCGCCCUCGGCCCCUACAAGGGUGGUCUCCGUUUCCACCCUUCCGUCAACUUGUCCAUCCUCAAGUUCCUCGGCUUCGAGCAGAUCUUCAAGAAUGCCCUCACCGGCCUGAACAUGGGUGGUGGUAAGGGUGGUUCCGACUUCGACCCCAAGGGCAAGUCCGACAACGAGAUCCGCCGCUUCUGCGUCGCCUUCAUGACCGAGCUGUGCAAGCACAUCGGUGCCGACACCGACGUCCCCGCCGGUGACAUUGGUGUCACCGGUCGCGAGAUCGGCUUCAUGUUCGGCCAGUACAAGAAGAUCCGCAACCAGUGGGAGGGUGUUCUCACCGGUAAGGGCGGCAGCUGGGGUGGUUCGCUCAUCCGUCCCGAGGCCACCGGUUACGGUGUCGUCUACUACACCGAGCACAUGAUCAAGUACGCCUCCGGUGGUAAGGAUUCCUUCGCCGGCAAGCGCGUCGCCAUCUCCGGCUCCGGUAACGUCGCCCAGUACGCCGCCCUCAAGGUCAUCGAGCUCGGCGGUUCCGUCAUCUCCCUCUCCGACUCCCAGGGUGCUCUCGUCCUCAACGGCGAGGAGGGCUCUUUCACCCCCGAGGAGAUCAAUGCUAUCGCCGCUAUCAAGGUCGAGCGCAAGCAGAUCUCCGAGCUCGCUUCCACCGAGGCCUUCGCUUCCAAGUUCAAGUACAUCCCCGGCGCCCGCCCCUGGACCAACAUCACCGGCCGCAUCGACGUCGCCCUCCCCUCCGCCACCCAGAACGAGGUCUCCGGCGACGAGGCCAAGGCCCUGAUCGAGGCUGGCUGCAAGUUCAUCGCCGAGGGCUCCAACAUGGGUUCCACCCAGGACGCUAUCGAUGUCUUCGAGGCUCACCGUGAGGCUAACGCCGGCGCUGCUGCUAUCUGGUACGCCCCCGGUAAGGCCGCCAACGCCGGUGGUGUCGCCGUUUCUGGUCUCGAGAUGGCCCAGAACUCUUCCCGCGUUAGCUGGACCUCUGAGGAGGUUGACAACCGUCUUAAGGGUAUCAUGGAGGACUGCUUCAAGAACGGUCUCAGCACUGCUCAGGAGUACGUCACCCCCAAGGAGGGCACCCUGCCUUCCCUGGUCGCUGGUUCCAACAUUGCCGGUUUCACCAAGGUCGCUGAGGCUAUGAAGGACCACGGUGACUGGUGGUAA